CAUUAUACAGUAAAGUUCAAUUUAUUAACCAAAGUUUCUGCGCGCACAGAUAUUUAGAUUUGUAGCUUCCUGAAAUUGUAGCAAUCGGCGGCAGUAGCAGCCAUGGGAAAUUGCUGCUCCGACGAGAACGGUGGACAUUCGGCGGUCGGCGGUAACGGUGCUUACGCGGCGAAUCAAAACAACGGUCAUAACGAAGCCGUCGACGCUCUUUUCAAGUCUCGCGGUUACCAAGGCCUCUACUCGCACGUCGAGUUAUCUCUAUCUGCUACUGGUUUGCGUGAUCGCGAUGUGCUUUCCAAGAGCGAUCCUAUGGUAGUCAUUUAUUCAAAAGGAAGAGAUGGUUCAUUGCAAGAGCUUGGUCGUACUGAAGUAGUUCCAAACUCAUUGAAUCCCAAGUGGAUUACAAAGUAUACUAUUGCCUAUCAUUUUGAGACAGUGCAGAAUUUGGUGUUUCGUGUCUGUGAUGUUGACACUCAAUUUCAUAAUCAAGAUGUCAAGAUGCUUAAACUGGAGGAGCAGGACUUUCUUGGUGAGGCUAGUUGCACAUUAUCUGAGAUUGUAUCAAAGUCAAAUGGGUCCCUGACCUUAGACCUUAUACGUGGAGAACAAUCUUCUGGUCCAAAGCAUGCCCAAAAGUCUGGUAAGCUUACUGUUUGUGCAGAAGAAAGUGUUGCAUCAAAGACUACUGUAGAGUUGAAAUUGAGAUGUUCAGAGUUGGUGUCUAAGGAUUUGUUCUCCAAAAGUGAUCCCUUUUUGGUGAUAUCUAAACAUACAGAGAGUGGAAUGGUGGUUCCAAUUUGCAAAACAGAAGUUAUAAAAGAUGAUCAUAGUCCAAAGUGGAAACCGAUUACCGUGAAUAUUCAACAAGUUGGAAGUAAGGACAGUCCAUUGACAAUUGAGUGUUAUGACUUCAAUUCAAACGGAAAGCAUGAUUUAAUUGGCAAGGUUCAGAAAUCACUAGCAGAUUUAGAAGUGUUGCACUCGACUGGUUCGAGUGCAAAUCUUUUCACAUCAGCUGCUGUAGGACAAAAUUCGCAAAACAGGGUCCUAAAGAGCCAGCUUUUUGUGGAUAGCUUUUUCGAGAAAACGCAGCAUACAUUCCUCGAUUACUUGGCAUGGGGUUAUGAACUUAACUUCAUGGUGGCCAUUGACUUUACUGCUUCUAAUGGAAAUCCACGCUUACCGGAUUCAUUGCAUUAUAUCGAUCCUUCAGGACGGCCAAAUGAUUAUCAGAGAGCCAUCUUGGAUGCUGGAGAGGUAUUGCAGUUCUAUGAUAAAGACCGAUGUUAUCCUGCUUGGGGUUUUGGAGCGCGCCCAAUUGAUGGCCCUGUUUCUCAUUGCUUCAAUCUAAAUGGCAGCAGUGACUACUGUGAGGUGGAAGGAAUCCAGGGUAUCAUGACGGCAUACAUGAGUGCCCUUUUUAAUGUUUCACUUGCAGGACCAACUAUAUUUGGACCAGUUGUUACGUCAGCUGCAGAUAUAGCAAAUCAAUCCUUGAUGAAGCGCGAGCGGAAGUACUUCAUUUUGUUAAUAAUCACGGACGGAGUGAUAACAGAUCUCCAAGAAACAAUGGAUGCCCUUGUUCAUGCUGCGGAUUUGCCAUUGUCAGUUCUUAUUGUUGGGGUUGGAGGAGCUGAUUUCAAGGAAAUGGAGAUUUUAGAUGCUGACAAACAGAGACUUGAAUCAACGCGUGGACGUGUUGCAGUGCGUGACAUAGUCCAAUUUGUUCCCUUCCGGGAUGUACAAAGUGGAGACUCGGUCCUUCAAGCUCUUUUAGCAGAAUUACCUUCCCAGUUUUUGGAAUACAUGCGGCUCAAAAGGAUCCAGCCAACUUAAUGAUCAUACAAGAAUUGUACAUACAAAUGUUGAUUCGUGUAUUGUGUCCUGUGAAAAUCGCCAUUUUCUAGCUUGUUCCUCAAUGGUGUCAAAAGUUUUGUUUUUGGAUGUCUCAUUUCGUCUUCUCUUUCCUAUUUCCCAGAAGCUUGUACUUAAAUUAUAUUUCUUCAUAAUCAUGUUCUUAUUUA